AUGUCCAUAAAGAAUUUCGAGUCUACCCACACCUGCGGUCAACAUGGAGCAAAUGCUGGCAACUCAAGGGCAUCAAGGAAGUUCAUUGCUAGCCAAAUACAAGCUGUUUUGAAGGUUAGGCCAGAUCUUCGUGCGGUCGAUAUCAAGAACGACAUGCUCUCUAAUUUUGGCAUCAAGAUUAACUACAGUAAAGCGUGGUGGAGCAAGGAGACAGCUCAACAGGACCUGUUCGGUGACGAUGAUGAGGCUUACGAUUCACUGAGAUGGUAUGAAUCCAUGGUGCAUGCAACUAAUCCAGGGAGUCGUGUUGUUAUUGAUGCUGAUGACGGGAGGGUCAGGCGACUGUUCAUUAGUUAUAAUGCCUGUAUUGAAGGGUUCAUUGCUGGGUGUAGGCCUCUAUUGUUUUUGGAUGGAACAUUUAUUAAAGAUCGUUACAGAGGCAUACUACUUAGCGCUACUGGGUAUGACGGCAACCAGGGAAUAUUUCCCCUAGCUUAUUGCGUAUGCGACCAAGAGAAUGAGGUUAACUGGAAAUGGUUCUUACAAGGAUUAUGGACGUUACUGUAUGAUAGGGAAAAUCCUUAUCAACCUCCACAUCGACUGGUAAUGAUUUCAGACGCCGACAAGGGUAUCAGGGCAGCAGUCGAGGAAUUCUUUCCAGAUGCAUUCCAUUCAAGGUGUGUUCUGCAUCUAGUCGAGAAUUUCAAAAAGAAGAUGAAGGAUUUUGGGUACAAGGCAAAUGUUGCGACUACGUUGGGCGAGCUGUUACAAUCUGCGGCUUAUAAGUUCACAAUAUCUGAAUGGGAUAAUGACAUGAAAGAAUUGGCAGCGAUCGAUCACAGGGCUUAUGUCACUGUAAUGGAAUACUCCCCGGAGAGAUGGGCAAACGCGCAUUUUCCUGGUAUAAGGUAUGGCCAUGUUACUUCAAACGUUGCUGAGUCCUUCAACAGCUGGAUAAGAAAGGCAUGA